CCUUUAGUAUUGAUUUUCAUAAAACAUAUGUAAAUAAGCAAAAAAUCUAAUAAACAUGGGACAGCUAUUUAGAAGUGAAGAAAUGACUCUUUGUCAAUUCUUUUUACAAGCAGAGUCUGCUUAUUCUUGUGUAGCUGAAUUAGGGGAACUAGGUCUUGUACAAUUUAGGGAUCUGAACCCUGAAGUCAAUGCUUUUCAAAGAAAAUUUACAAAUGAAGUUCGAAGAUGUGAUGAGAUGGAAAGGAAAUUAAGAUUUUUGCAGAAGGAAAUUCAAAAGGAUGGGAUCCCCAUGUUAGAUACAGGAGAUAAUCCACCAGCUCCACUUCCAAGAGAAAUGAUUGAUUUAGAAGCUACUUUUGAAAAAUUGGAAGCAGAAAUGAAAGAAGUUAAUACAAAUGCAGAAGCUUUAAAGAAAAAUUAUUUAGAAUUGACCGAACUAAAACAAAUAUUAAGAAAAACACAUGCUUUUUUUGAUGAGAUUAGGCGCCAAUCUACACCUCCUUCUUCACCCUAUCCUCAUAAAACAUAUAAUCGUCUCUCUAAAUUUACCGCCAAAAUUCACUCUCCCCCCUCUUCCACUUUUCCGCUUCCGCCCUUGUUUCCCUCUCAAACUCAACUUAUUACGGAACGGACGCGGCUUUUAUCUUCCUAUCCUUCAUCUUCCAAUUCGAAUGACGGUGAUGAUUCAAAUCCUCUCGCGGUUUCCUUUCAGAUGCAUGACACUCCCCGUGGAAUAACGGCCAGACGUACUUCAAUGAGCGGCACUGCAAUAGACGACCCUCAUAGCUACUUGAUUCCACCACGCCCUCCGCCCCCAACUUCACCCCAGGGGGAUCUUAUAAGCAUUGGAGGGGACAGCUCCAGCGACUCCAACAUUCGGGCCCCUAUUGCGGCCAAUGCGGGAAAUCUCAGCAUGCCAGGUGGUUCGGCUAGGAAAUUGGGGUUUGUGGCCGGCGUGGUAUUGAGGGAAAGAUUUCCUUCUUUCGAAAAGCUUUUAUGGAGAGCCUGUAGGGGCAACGUAUUUUUAAGACGUUCGGACAUUGAUAACCCGUUGGAAGAUCCAGUGACUGGUGACAAAGUUUUCAAGGUGGUUUUCAUGAUAUUCUUUCAAGGCGACCAACUCAGAUCCCGCGUUAAAAAAAUUUGCGAAGCUUUUCGCGCAACAUUGUACCCCUGUCCAGAGACUGCCGCUGAGAGGAGAGAAAUGGAAAUGGGAGUCAUGACAAGAAUAGAAGAUUUAAGCACCGUUUUAAGCCAGACCCAGGAGCAUAGACAUAGAGUAAUGGUUGCUGCCGCUAAAAACGCCAAAUUUUGGUUCAUUAAGGUUCGCAAGAUCAAAGCGGUAUACUACGCGCUAAAUAUGUGCAGUUUGGACGUGACCCACAAGUGCCUCAUAGCCGAAGGAUGGUGUCCGGUGGCAGAUUUUGACAAGAUAAGAAUGGCGCUCAAAAGAGGAGAGGAGAAUUCUGGGAGCUCGGUGCCUUGCAUAAUGAACAAAAUGGAGGUUCCGUCUAACGUAUCACCGCCUACUUACAACAAGCUAAACAAAUACACCUCCGGCUUUCAAAAUAUCGUUGACGCUUACGGGGCCGCUAAAUAUAGGGAGGUUAACCCAACACCUUACACCAUGAUAACUUUCCCUUUCCUAUUCGCUGUAAUGUUUGGGGACGCCGGCCAUGGCUUGAUAAUGGCGAUGGUGGGAGCUUACAUGAUCAUCAAAGAACGAUCCCUGGCCCGGAUGGCUAGGAAUGAAACAUUCGGCAUUUUUUAUGGCGGUCGUUACAUAGUGUUUGGUAUGGGUUUGUUCGCAAUAUACACUGGUUUGCUUUACAACGACGUUUUUUCGAAAUCUAUCAACAUUUUUGGGUCAGCUUGGAAGGCAAGGAUGCCUCAAUAUGCCAUUGGUCCUAACCCUUCACCAGGCAGCCCAUCAAACAGAACUUACUUAUCUGACGUUACCAUCAUUGGCUUAGACCCUAGAUAUCCAGCCGUUUAUAGGGGAUCACCUUACCCCUAUGGUAUUGACCCCAUAUGGCAAUUGGCCAAAAACAAAAUCACAUUUACCAACUCUUACAAGAUGAAGAUAAGUAUUAUCCUGGGAGUCAUCCAUAUGAGCCUGGGCAUAUGUCUUUCGCUCUUCAAUCAUACAUACUACCGCAACCGCUCAAACAUUAUUACCGAGUUUAUCCCACAAUUCCUGUUUCUCUUUUGCCUAUUCGGCUAUCUUUGCAUCGUGAUAGUUGUCAAAUGGAUCAAAUUUAACGCCACCAACUCCAGGUGUGCCCCGAGCUUGUUGAUCAACCUCAUCAACAUGUUUUUGUUGAGUUAUCCUCCUCCAGCCCCCGGGGAAAUUUGCAGUCCUUAUCUUUUCAAAGGCCAAAAAACCCUACAAUACGUUCUAGUUAUAGUGGCAGUGUUGUGUAUACCUUGGAUGCUACUGCCUAAACCGUUGCUCUUGAGACGUAAAAAUAAGAAUUUCAUGCAGAGGCAAACUAGGCUGAUGGGUCAAGAAAAUCCUGUGGUAGAUGUUCAUUACUCGACGAGUCCGGAUGUACAACACAGUAGAAGACUAACUAGGGCUUCGCUUCCCAUUAAUGCCGAACCCAUAACUGGGGACGGUUUACUGAGUCCAAACAAUAUUCAAGACCCAGCCGAGGGCUCGCUCGAUUCUCGGAAUGAACCUGGUGUCAGUCGCAAACCUUCUAUCAAAUCUGCGGAUGAGGGUGAAGUGUUCAAUUUUUCCGAGAUAAUGAUAGAACAAUGCAUUCACACGAUAGAAUUUUCUCUGGGAUGCCUGUCCCAUACAGCCUCUUAUUUGCGGCUAUGGGCUUUAAGCUUGGCUCACGCACAAUUAUCGGAAGUUUUAUGGCAAAUGGUGUUCAGAGUAGGGUUCAGCUUCAAUUCCAAAAUAGGUAGCAUAGUGUUAUACGUUGUGUUCGCUUUUUGGGCGGUAUUGACAGUCGCCAUCUUGCUAUUCAUGGAGGGACUUUCGGCCUUCCUUCACGCACUUAGAUUGCAUUGGGUUGAGUUUCAAAGUAAAUUUUACUCCGGGACCGGUUAUCUUUUUGAGCCUUUCUCAUUCCAAUAUAUUCUUGACUCCGUAGCAAUGAUUGGUGGGUCCGAGGAAUAAUUUACGAUUUUUGGAGCGCCUAUAUUUAUUUUAUUUUGUAAAAAGAAUCAAUUGAAAGAAAUCAUUGUAUUAAUAUUUAAGUUUAAUCGGCUAUUAUGUUCACUUGACCAAUUUAUAUAAUUUUUAUACUAACUUUUAUUAAUUAAUCAUUAUUGUGGUCUCUCAAAAUUACAAAUCAAUAUAUUGUAACGCCUAUUUUAAUUUUUUUUUUCAUUAAUUAUAAACGU